CGGAAGUUUCGCCUCGUUUGUGUCGAAUUAUUUUAAGUGUUUGUGCGGGAAAACCCCUGAGAAGAAUUAAGAAUAUCGGAACUAAAGCCAGUAGAAAUAAGUGUAAUUAUGUCGCAGUUGUUUUAAAAUCUAGUAAAUACCGAGGGGAAAAGUUUCCUCAAUUUAUUCCAUUGCGUGGGAACUGAAGCGAAAAAGUUGCUUUCUCAACAUAUUUUUUCCUCACUCCCUUUGCGUUUUAUCGAUUCAGAGUUUUGCGUAAGGCUUCUUUUUUUAGUGCAUUCUAUAUUACGACAUCGUUUGUGGGGAUCGACAUAUCCGUGAAAACCGUCCGAAAAAUGGGUUGUGUGUGUUCCCCAUUCGUUUCCCUUGAAGACAAAUUUUCGCAUGGGAAGGGUCGCAAAAUGGCCUGAGCUAAUGAAUCCAAAUUGGUUAUUUCCUCUGGGAGUGGUGUUGAUAAAUCUGUGUACCAAUUGUAAAUAUAUCCAGUUUCAAAGCUUGAAACAAAUCGUUCGGGAGACUAAACUUUAUCGGAUUAGGAAGUUCAAGGUCCCCGUUUUCAAGUCAAUCUUGACGUGCAAUCGAAAAAAUCAAAGGAAAUCAAACUUCAAGGUUGCUGAAAAAAAGUAAACGCCAACCAUCUCGGAGUCUCACAACAAAAAAAUGAGUACGACACCGUCACCGGAAGCGGAAGAUUUUCCCGGAAGGCUACUGCACCAGGCCGCCCUCUGGGACAAUGUGGAGCUGCUGGAGGAUUUGCUGCAGGAGGAGGUGCAUCUGAUCGACUGUCUGGACUCGUGGGGUCGAGCACCGAUCCAUGCUGCGGCAGUAACGGCCGAUUCCCGCUGUCUGCCGAUGCUGAUCAACGGCGGAGCUCGGGUCGAUGCCACUUGUGGACCACGGGGCGAAAAUAAGACCGCCCUACAUUUAAGUGCCGAGCAUGGGCACGUCAGCAAUGUUCGGGUUCUGCUGGAUGCAGGGGCCUCGUUUGUGGCCAAAGAUCGCAAUGGGCUGACGGCGCUGGAUUUGGCUGAGCGCAGUGGCCAUGAGGAGUGUGUUAACCUGUUGAAGGAAGCAGCUGACACCCGAGAGCAGAUCCGCUCCCAGAAACACAAAAACCUCCGGGAAGCGGUUACCUCCUCGGAUGAGACGCUGGUACAGCUACUGUUGGACAGCAUCGGUCCGGAGCGGGAGAUCAUAGUCAACAUGGCUCCUGGCGGUGCCAACACACUUCUGUUCAUAGCUGCUCAAAAUGGUUCGGAGCGGAUUGUUCAACUGCUGCUGGAUGCCGGAGCCGAUGGUAGAGCUCAUGCGGUGACCCGUUACUCGCCCCUGUACACGGCCGUCCAUAAUGGUCACACCAAGGUAGCCGGCAUGUUGCUACAGCGCUUCGGAGAACUGGUACAGCAAUUGACGGUGGAAAAGUGGCUUCCCUUUCAUGCCGCAUGUAUCAACGGACACUGUUCGGUGGUGGAACUGCUGAUCAACCACAGCUAUCCAGAGGAAUUACUUAGUUCCUACAGUAGCAAUAAAUGGCCCCAUUGCAGAGAUCCUAGUGGGGAGCUGGAGUGGCGACUUGCCUUCGAUCCGAACACCCAGGAUGUAACCGGUCAGACGGCUCUCUACGUGAGCUGUUUGCUCGGGAACCGACAGCUGGUAGAACUGCUCCUUAACUGGAAGGUCAAAGCCGUUCGACACAGCCUAACAGAUGAGGGAGGUGGAGACACGGCAUUGCGUCAACAUAUGAACGAUCCCACUGCUCCUUCUAGUAACCCGUUGAGUCCAGCGAAUCGGAGGAUAUCAUUCGGUAUUCAGUCGAUCAUGUCCCGCUUAAGCUUAGGACGAGAUCAUGGCGAUGACCGAGACGAAAAUGUAGAGCUGCGGUGUCCUUUGGAUUUGAACAUUUUGUGUGGUGCAGCUCGAGAGACUGCUCUGUUAGCAGCUGUUCGAGGAGGGUUUAUAGACGUUGUAACACUUUUGCUGCAGAAUGGAGCAGAUCCAAACGUUGUAGCGCGUGCCGUUGAAGACCAGAAUGAUCCGAAGGCCUCGGAUGAGAUUUACGGAUUCUCCAAUAUCCCGCUGGCAGAGGCAACCCGUCAAAAGUCACUAGCCAUGGUAGAUCUGCUACUCAAAUACGGUGCCAAAGAUGAUCAGUCUGCUGCUCUAAGCAUAGCUAUACAAAAUUCGGACGAACAAAUUGUGUGCCGAUUGUUGUCGAUCAAGGCUCACGCUGACCCGGACUAUAAAAUCAAUAAGAAGGUCUUUGCUCAAGAGGCAGAGUACAGCACAUUCCCAUUGGUGGGAAGCUUCACCUAUAGCUCCUUGUUCCCGAGUACCGCGACCAUGGUUAACUGGCACAGCAACAACUGUCGGUUGUCCACCGUAAAAAUGUCCUGGUUGAGCGAAGCCGUUCUUCAGUGCAACCCUAAGCUCAAAGGUCAUCCACGCUGUAAUCAACUUGCUUUGGGAGCUCUAACACGGAUCGACAUAUCUCACAAUUGCUUGACUCAUCUUCCACCUGAAAUAUUCUCCCUUGGUAGUCUCCGAUACCUAAAUGCUGCGCAAAAUAAAAUCGAACGUAUUCCGCUACCGGAAGAUAUCGAUCCCGACUUUCACUAUCACUCACAAAAACGAAGACCGUCAAAAUCGGCCGUUCUCGAGUACCUCUGUCCGGUACUCGAAGAACUUUACCUACAAGAUAAUCGCUUGGAAAACGUUCCAUCCCGCUUGUUCCUUCUACCUAGUCUCACUAUAUUAGAUGUAUCGAAUAACAAACUGCAGGAUCUUCCCUUCGAGCUGUGGAAGUCUCCCAAGCUCAAAGAGCUAAACGUCGCUUUCAACUUCCUGAAAGAUCUUCCCUCACUUCCUAACAUCACUGAAAUGGCCGGAGAAGCUAUUGAACCUCCUUCGCCGGUAACGGAAGCUUGCUUGUACCACGCCUAUUCCUACGAGGACGGCCAUGACUCGCUCACCCGUAACCGACACGUAGCAAGCCUGGAAAUCGUUAAGCAUCACAUCUGGUCCAAAUCCCUGGAGGUCACCGACCAAGAACUUCGAUUACCAGAUUCCAAAAACGACAACACCGUAUCGCAGCUUAGCAGUCUUAACCUUGCCAAUAACCUGUUUACCAGUAUUCCACUUGCUUUGCCCUGCCUUGCCGUGAACCUGACCCGCCUAAACAUGUCCUACAAUAGUCUACGGUCGAUGGGUCACGUUACCAGCUAUCCAGCAUCGCUCAAACAACUUGACCUGGGUCACAACGAAAUCAGCUGUUGGCCAAGUCUACCACGCAUAGCUGCUUCGGACCCACAUCUAAUGUGCUAUAAUCCACAGGAACCGAAGAAAAAUGGAUCGAAGAAUUCGGUGACUAGUAGUGGAAGUGUUGGUAGUACACCGUAUACCAAUGAAGUUACUGUUGUGAAGUCCUCGACCAGUUCCAGUAACAUAACUUCGUUACGGACUGCAGUGCUGAAGAGCGUUUGCGUCCAUCGGAGGCAUUUGAGGUUAGAGUCACUGCGAACACUAGUUCUGGCAGACAACUCCCUGAACCGUAUUCAGUUAUCGACUGAUGAUGUAACUACGCUUGGGGAAUCUGAAGACGCCGAGUGGAGCUUGAUUGGGGUUGCUAAGUCCCGGUUGAUUUUCCCCAAUCUCUCGAUGCUGGAUAUAAGCAACAAUUCGCUGAAAGAAAUACCACCCUCGAUUCAUGAGCUAACUAAUUUGAGCGUGUUGAAUAUCAGUGGUAAUAUGGACGUUACCGAGUUGCCACCGCACAUGGGUUUGCUGUCCAGGUUGUGGAAUUUGAAUACCCGAGGCUGUUCGCUUCAGGACCCUUUGCGAUCAAUGAUCGAUAGUAAGAAGUACAAAACGAUGGACAUUAUCGGAUAUUUGAAAUCAGUUUACGAAGACGCCAGGCCUUACGCUAGAAUGAAGUUGAUGGUGGUUGGAGUUCAGGGCAUCGGGAAAACUAGUUUGUUGGAUCAUCUGAGGAACGAAGGUCCCACCCGAAACAAAAAGCAGGUUGAUCAUUGGGCUAAGCGCAUGGGUCAUAAAAAUAUCAACACCAAGACUAGUCGUGGUAUCAACAUGUCUACGGUGGGCGUCGAUAUCGGUGAUUGGGUUUGUGAGAAAAAGAUUCGUGGUCAUUCAUCGCAUGGACCGGUAGUGUUUCGAACGUGGGAUUUCGGUGGGCAGAAAGAGUACUACGCAACGCACCAGUAUUUCCUAUCGAAGAGAAGUUUGUAUUUGGUUUUGUGGCGGAUAAUCGAUGGUAGGAAGGGAUUAGCUGAAGUUUUACAGUGGCUUGGUAACAUCCAAGCUAGGGCACCCAACUCACCGGUGAUCAUCGUUGGAACACAUUACGAUGCCGUCGGAGAAACUCUGCCAGCGAAGAAGGCUGAAGAGCUGCAGCAAAUCAUAAGAGACCGCUUUAUAGCUGUUUCAGAUGCGGAAAAAAUCGGACUACCAAGAGUUCUGGACUCAAUAGAAGUCAGCUGCAAAACCGGUCACAAUAUCAAGCUUCUAGCGAAUUUAGUUUAUGACACGGCAUUUUCCUUGAGGCCACCAGGUUGUAAAGAACCACUACUUUACCAAAGAGUUCCUGCCAGUUAUCUCGCGCUGGAAGACGUCGUUAGCACGAUUGCUUCCUCAUUGAGACAGUUCGGAGCAGAUCCGGUGCUGGAUGCGGAGCGCUAUCGACAGAUGGUGACCCAGGAAAUGCACUUGCGAGGGUUCAAAGGGUUCCGCGAUUGGUCCGAACUGAACCAAGCUACAAUGUUCCUACACGACAACGGGGUGCUGCUGCACUAUGAUGAUGCUACACUUCGGGAUCUUUAUUUCCUAGAUCCGCAGUGGCUCUGCGAUAUGUUGGCCCAUGUGGUUACUGUUCGAGAGAUCAAUCCGUUUGCAAGGACAGGAGUUAUGAAGAUCGACGACCUACAGCAUGUCUUCAAGAGUUCUUGCCUGGGUACUAACGACAACAGAAGUUACAUUGUAAGUCUGUUGAAUAAAUUUGAGGUAGCCCUUUCGUGGGACGCUCGUACCCUACUGAUACCAUCUUUGCUUCCUUUGGAGGAAGAUUGCACCGCAGAACGAGCUGUGACGGUCAAGAUCGCCACACGAUCUAAGGGUUGGGUCAUGCGAUCUCGUCACAACCCCAUCAACACAAGCUUUCCUUUGUACGAGCCGGCCUCUUCCGAACCACAAACUCCAGUGCUAAACAAUGCCUGUGACAUACAAACUCUGCCCCGCCAGGAACAGUCCAUAUCCCGUCUGCUGCUAAUGUCUUACUUCCCCUCGGGCUUUUGGUCUCGACUGAUAACUCGAGUUCUUGCCGACGAUCAGGUUGUGGAAGCAAUUCGUAGCCUGUAUCCGCUACCGAAAGAGUUUGCAUCCGAUCCAGAUAUCAAUCAGUUACUAAACCUGUCGUCUCACUGGGCCGUUUGGCAAACGGGACUUGCGCUGUACUACGGCUCAACGUUGGUGUUCAAAAUGAGGGAGAUCUCGGUAACUUGCCCCACUUGUCCGUAUCGUAAUCCCAUGAAUCGGUUCAAGUUAAAACAAGACGGGGUGUGGUGUGACAUCGAUCUCACGUCGACCUCGAUCCUGGAAAUUUUCUUCCCGUUCAACGCGCUAAAGGUGAGGAAAUUGGACGAAAUGGGUGCGGAGUUGAGUUCGUUCGAAAUCGAAGCCAGUGUUCAGUGUGUUACGCAGCUGUUGGCCCUUAGCGUUGACCACAUCGAUUUACUGCUGGAAGAUUGGUACCCAACUUUGGGAACCAGAUUCGUGCAUACUUCGGAGGGCCGUUUUCUGGUGACCCGAUUAGUGCCGUGUCCUAAAUGUCUACGCGAUUGCGAAGAGAGGCACGUUCCGAAUUUCCCAUCACAGGUGAAACCAAACAAUGCAGGAAUGCAAGGAGGUCAACGACCAACUCUCCACAAACGGCUAAGCGUCGAUAGGAGAUCGGAGUUUGGAGAACCUAGUGGACUUAACGAACUCCCUGGGAUUCUGAAUGAUCUAGUUCAGACAAGGAAAUCCCAGGACUCCGUCGGUUGGUCCGACUGUGAUUCGGGAGUCGGUCAAGAGUCGGCCGAUAGUUCCCGGGCAACUUCUAUCGAGGGACAUCCCCUGGUUAAUGCGGGGGAUAUGCCCGGACCACCGAGUUAUUCGUGGAUGGUUGAAGAGUGCAUUUUGGCGGCUUACGAUAAGAAAUCCGUAGACUGUCCUAUUCAUGGGGAAAUCGAACUCAGCAGAAUUACUCCGGAUGUGAACUUCAUGGAUCUAUCCGAGAGUUACCUGAUCCGUUCGGAGAACAUCACCCGGGGACCGCUGCUGGGACGAGGUGCGUUCGGCUUUGUGUUCAAAGCGACCUGCAAAACUCGCGGUUCCAGAGCGGUGAUUCCGGUGGCGAUGAAGAUGCUGCAGCCGGUAGCGCCGGGUCCGAGGGCACGCCAAAGUGCCAUCAUAGCGUACAAAGCGGCUUUGGGCAAGUGGGAACGGGAUCCGCUGCAACAUUCGUGCAAGGCUUACUGUACCGCACGGCAGGAAUUGGCAGUGUUGCUGACCCUAAGACAUCCGAAUAUUGUGCCGCUGAUUGGUGUUUGUACGCAACCUCUGGCCUUGGUGCUGGAUUUGGCUCCAAAGGGAGCGUUGGAUGCAGUUUUGCGGCACUUUAGGCGUAGUGGUGCACGGAUUGGUUCCUAUUGUUUCCAGUCACUGGUGCUGCAGGCUGCUAAGGCGAUGGAGUAUCUCCACCGGCGGAGAGUCAUCUAUCGGGACCUGAAGGCGGAGAACAUUUUGGUUUGGGAGUUCCCGGAACCGCAUGCCGACGACCACCCAACGAAUGCGGUUCACAUCAAGGUGGCCGAUUACGGCAUCAGCCGCAUAACGCUGCCGUCCGGUUCCAAAGGCUUCGGGGGUACCGAAGGUUUUAUGGCGCCGGAAAUUAUGCGGCACAACGGGGAAGAAGAGUACACCGAGAAGGUCGAUUGUUUCUCAUUUGGGAUGUUCCUGUACGAGUUGAUUGCUCUGCGGCAACCCUUCGAAGGUCACGAAGCGGUGAAGGAAUGUAUUUUGGAGGGAGGACGACCUGUGUUAACCCAACGAGAAACGCACUUUCCUUCGUACUGUUUGGAUUUGAUGGUGCUGUGCUGGGAUCAGCAGCCUAAAGUGCGACCUUCGGCGAGUCAGAUUGUGUCGAUUGCUAGUGCUCCAGAGUUUACUCAUUUGGUGGAUGUGAUGUCGUUAAACCAUGCCGGUUAUACGAUUGAUGGAAUUGCGUAUCCGAUUGCUGGGGUCGAUGACGAGACGGUGAUAUCCGGUCAUGAAUUGUGGUUGCCGUGUUCCAACUCAAGGAUCGACAUUCUGCUGGGAUCCAUCAAGGGAUGGCAGCAGUACCAUCGGAUUCUGUGUCCUCAGAUAUCAACACCGGUGAAGAAUGCCAAUUCCGGUGGGUAUCAUUCGCAGCCUGCGACUCCUCAUCAAGUUCGACAAAUUAAACUGACUGCGGCCUGCAUCGUGGAGAAGGCAGUUUGGGUCGGUGAUGCUGAAGGAAAUAUUUAUGCUUUCAACGCUUCGGAUUGUGGUCAUCAGUUCUCAUACGCACUUGAACCUGCCCAGCCCUGCCCGGUAGUUGCGAUCGUAUAUUUGAAGCGAUUCAACCGAGUUGCUGCUGGACUGGAGAACGGACGUUUGUUUUUGAUCGACUCAACCUUGAUGCCCAGUAGUUCGGUUUCGGGUGAGGGUAGCUUUGUGCUUUCGGAACUCGGUUCUGGCGAACGAUUGUUCGCGGUUUGUCCGUUGUGGAAGAACGAGAACGAUUGUGAGCUAUGGUGCGGAGAGACCGAUGGGGCAAUGAAUGUGUUUUCGCUGAAGAAUGCUCACGUUUCUGGGCAGCAUCACUUGACACACUUUCAAACGCCGCUCCCAACACGUGGCCUAACGGUCGCUUUGCUACACUCUUCGGAUGACUUCAUCUUUUCGUACGUAGCCCCUGGAUGCAUUCUGUAUCAGUGGAAGUCAUCUUCGAAACAGAUUGAGAAUCGUUUGGACUGCUCAAAGCUGGUUCCCUGUUCGGAAAGUUUAAAGAGCAUUGCCAUUGAUGAACAUCUAAGUCCCGGAAAGUGUCAGAUCUCAGCCAUGGCAGCGCUCAACAGCGAAUUGUACAUCGGCACCACCUGGGGUUGUAUUAUAAUUGUAGAAAAGACUACUCUUCGACCGAUAACCAUAUUCCGCCCGUACGAAGAAGACGUUCGGUGUAUUGUCCCAUUGUACGGGGGUCCACAUCCGAUGAUCGUAACCAUAGGUCGUGGCUAUCGUUCGCUCAUUGAUCGUUACACCGAUUUCACAACGGGACAGGUGACCACGCCAGGUUCCUCGAUUCCGUCACAGGACAAGCGCCUUAAGGAAUCGCUGCUCAAAGAUCGUUCGAAUAACAUGCAUGCCCUGGUUUGGACAGCGGAACAUUGGACCCCCAUUUAGAGGGUGAGACUCGGCGCCAUUUUUAACUACUACCUAGCCGUUUCCAUUUUUCUGUGAUUUUCAAGCGAACAAAAUGAAAUAGCUUUUAAAAGAGAGCACCUUGCCAGUGAUGUUUCCAGUGUUAAAAGACAAAUUUUCAACCUAAAUUAUUAUAAAGAAUGUUUUCGACUGUGGAUAAAUCUUGUUGUGAGAUUAAGCUUAAACUACGAUAGGUUUUAGUGCUAUAAGACAAAAUACCGUACGUUGAGAUCCAGAAAAAAUCGUUAUUUAUUCAUCACCAAUUCCGAGCUUU